AUGUUUUCCCUUCGUCCAACCUCCCUGCACUCGGUGCGGCGCGCUGUUCAAUUAUCUCACCUACCUCGCCCACAGAUUCGACACUUCCACCCGACGAGACCAGCGUCCUUCUCGGUAAUCAAUAUUGCACUCGACACCUCCAGCGCAUUCAUUCAUGGUGUCCACACCGUAACCUACCUGCCUUGGGUACUCUCGAUUCCCCUCACAGCCGUGAUAGUCCGUACAUUCGUUGCAUUGCCCCUUCAAAUAUUCACAAAAUACCAUGCAACUCGAGAAAAGCGCCUCUCCCCACUUCUACAAUCAUGGGCUGCCCAUUAUCAAGCAGACGCGCGCCGGUUCGCCAAUGUCACGGAUGCUAAAAGAUAUCUCAACUCGCAUAUGACGAAAAGGACCCUUAGCCUCCGCAAACACUGGAAAGUCAAUCCAUUCUACCGACCGGUAACAUUCCUACAGCUCCCCGUCUUCUUAACGCUGAUGGAGAGUCUGCGCUGCAUGUCUGGUAAUAACAACGGUAUUCUUCUCCGGCUUCUAUCAUACUGGGAGGGCUCCGCGGAUCCUACACAGGCACCCCAGUCACUCCACCUGACCAUCGAGCCCACUCUCGCGACAGAAGGCGCGCUCUGGUUCCCGGAUCUGUUGGUUGGUGACCAGACGGGUAUCCUACCUGUCUUGCUGACAGCUUCAAUUCUACAUAAUGUCACCUCGAAUUGGAAGAAGAAGACUUUGUUGUCUGUUGCUGAUCUGCCCUCCUUGCAGAUGUACAAAGAGUCUUUCUUAAUUGGUCUGCGGAGCUUUGUUCAGGUCAUGGCUGUUUAUGUUGGUACUGCUUGCUUCUUCUCCCAGAUUCCUGUUGCUCUACUGCUUUACUGGAUCACGAGUACCAACGUUGCAACGUUGCAGUCUUGGUAUCUAGAGCACCGGGUAUUCAAGACUAGGAAGCUCGAACAGUUCCAGAAGAAGUACAUUGAGUUUAAGAAGGAGGGUGUAGAUGAUCCCUUCCAGCUGAAGAAUUUGCGCUGA